GGGCUGCAUCCAUGGCAUAUGGAAGUUCCCAGGCUAGGGGUCCAUUCGGAGCUGUAGCUGCCAGCCUCUGCCACAGCCACAGCAACACAGGAUCCAAGCCGCAGCUGUGACUUACACCAUAGCUCACCACAACGCCAGAUCCUUAACCCACUGAGCAAGGCCAGGGAUCAAACCUGUGUCCUCAUGGAUACUAGUCAGAUUCGUUUCUACUGAGCCACGACGGGAACUCCAACUUCUGCUCUUUUAAGCCACCCAGUUUGUGAUCAUUUAUGGAAGGCAGCCCAAGGAACUAAUACAAGGUGUGAAGUAGGUUGGUGAGUUUUUAAUGAUGAUUCCCGACUUUCACUGACUUUUUCAAUAAACCCGUCUGCCACCUAGUACCACUUUUCUGGGAUAAGCAGGCUGACUGCAGAGUGCCCUGGGCACACCCACGGAGCAGAGCAGGCUCAGCCAGAGGCUCCACCACCCAACAGCCUGGGUUGGAAUCUCAUCACUCCCGCUCACAUGUCACCUUGCAAAAGUCCCUUCACUGCCCUGCACCUCAGUCCUUUUCUACUGUAAAACAGGGUCACUCACUCAUGCAUCCUACACAUAUUUCCUAAACAUCACUUUCCAUUCCAGAAUUGGAGAGCCGUGGGUAGAAGAGAUAAGGUCCCUGUCCUCGUGGAGUUGAUGCUACAGAAGACAGAAAAUGAACACAGAAACACACAGCUACACAGAAGCCUAAGGCUGAGAUAAGUGCUAUGAAGAAAGUAAGACUGAAGAAUGGGAGCUAUCUCUCCUGGAGGUGGCGGGGGGGGGGGGAAGCUAUCAACAGGAGCUACCAGGUGGAGGUACAGCCUGACAGAUAAGACAGCAGCAUGGUGAGGCCUGGGGGCAGAAAUGAGAGAUCAGAAAUCAAAUAGAGAGCCAGGCAUCCCCAGGCAGGUUCUAGGACAGGGCAAGACCUAAGGGAUGUGUCCUGUGUAAGAGCUGGAUCUGGGAAAUGUGGCUGGGGCUGGAGCCUAUAGGGUGGGCUUCUUUGAGCCUCGGUUUACUCAUCCAUGAAGUGGGGGUAUUCAGUACAGUUAAGCUGCUGUAACAAAGGGACCCACAAUAAGCCAGUGGCUUAAAGAAGAUAAUGUAUCUAACAGUGCCCAGUGACACCCCCUUGCCACAGCUCCAUGCAGACAUCAGGGACCUGGUUCUUUCAUUCCCUUUCUCCCCAUUCCUUAGGACAUCCUCCUCUCCACAGCCAAUGGCCUGACCAUGGCUGACUUGUGAGAAAGGGGAAGAGAUGCCACAGACUGAAGGGGACAGAGCACCGCAGUCUGUCCAGGUCCCUGAGGGACUCACACCAUCUCCGCUCAAUUGCAGCAGUGAGAAAUGGCUAUGUGGCCAUUCCUCAAUCCAAGGGAGUCUGGGAAUGAAACUGUGGGCACAUGCCUGCACAAAGGGGCAUGGAUUUUAGGGACAGCUCACACGGAGUUCCCGUGGUGGCUCAGCAGUAAUGGACCCAGCUCGUAUUCAUGAGGAAGACAGGUUCGAUCCCUGGCCUUGCUUAGUGGGUUAAGGAUCCGGCGUUGCCAUGGGCUGUGGUGUAGGUCAAGAUGCAGUUCAGAUGCUGUGUUGCUGUGGCUGUGGUACAGGCCAGCAGCUAUAGCUCUGAUUCAACCCCUAACUUGGGAACUUCCAUAUGCCGUGGGGUGGCCCUAAAAAGACAGGAACAAGCACCAUUCGUGGCCCCCGGCUGGAUGGGUAUAGUAAUAACUCUUUGCAGGGGUGCUGUGAGUACAGGUAAAGUGCCUGGCACCUAAUGAAAGCGCAAUAAGAGUGCACAAUGUCACUGAGAUUAGGGCUCCCAGGGGUCUUUGAAACUCUCUGGUCUAAUGUCCUCACUUCUUUAGUUUACUUCUUCUAAAGAAACAGGCACAGAGAAGAGAGGCAUCUGCCCGGGGUUGCGCAGUGUGUAAAGGGGCAAGACUGCUCCAGAGCCCUGCCUGGGAUCCCCCGACCCCAUCCUCCCAGCUCUUGUCUCAAAUUACCCGGUCCAGUUCCACCAGGAGCUGGUCAGAGAGUGGGGAUCCAGAUGACCGCUCCCCCCGGAGGAAGGGGUGGGGGACAGGGUCCUGAGAGGCUGCACAGCUUUGUGACAGGUAGGUGUGGCCCUGGUUUCCUGGACAGGAGGCAAAGCUGCUCUGUGACAGAGCGCCACACCCAGCCCCCUGGGAGGGGGUACUGGGCUGUGAGCAGCUGCCAUGCAGGGACUGGGAAGCAGCGGUAGGUGCCUGAGGAGGAUGGCGUGCCUGGGUUUCCUCCUCCUCCUCCUGGCCAGCACUGUGGCCCAGGGCGAGUACGGUGUGAUCCACGUGGUGUCAGAGAACUGGAGCAAGAACUACUGUGUCCUCUUCCGCUCCGACUACAUCACCUUGCCCCGGGACCUGCACCACGCCCCACUCCUGCCCCUGCACGACGGCACCGGGACCCCCUGGUGCCCAGGCGAGGACCUCUCCCACCAGGUCCAUCCCGGCUCCCCCAGCCAGCGGCCGCUCCGCCGCACCACCGCCAUGGUCAUGAGGGGCAACUGCAGCUUCUACGCCAAAGGCUGGCUGGCUCAGGGCCAGGGUGCCCACGGGCUGCUCAUCGUGAGCCGGGUCAACGGCCAACAGUGCUCAGACACCACCCCGGCGUCCCAGGACCCCCACAAGCCCCUGCCGGACCUCACCAUCCCGGUAGCCGUGCUCCGCUACGCCGACAUGCUUGACAUCCUCAGCCACACCCACGGCGGCGCCGGGGUCCGCGUGGCCCUGUACGCACCCCCAGAGCCCAGCCUUGACUACAACAUGGUGGUCAUCUUCAUCCUGGCUGUAGGCACCGUGGCCGCGGGCGGCUACUGGGCCGGCCUGACCGAGGCUGACCGGCUGCAGCGGCGCCGAGCCCGAGGCGGAGGGGGGCCUGGCGGUCACCAUCCACAGGGAUCAGUGGCCGCCCAGCGCGGGCACGAGGAAGAAGACGAGGAUGCACCGGUGGACUUCACGUUGGCCAUGACAGGGGCCGUGGUCACCACGUCCUGCUCCAUCAUGCUGUUGCUCUACUUCUUCUACGACUGCUUUGUCUACGUCAUGAUCGCCAUCUUCGCCCUCGGCGCCGGCACCGGCCUCUACGGCUGCCUGGCCCCCGUGGUGCACCACCUGCCCCUGCAGCAAUACCAGUGGCUCCUGCCCGGCCGCCGGGCCUGCCUGCAGUUGCCCCUGCUGCUGCUGGCCGGCCUGUGCCUGGUGGUGACCAUCCUCUGGGUGGCUUACCGCAAUGAGGACCGCUGGGCGUGGCUCCUGCAAGACAUGCUGGGCGUGGCCUAUUGCCUUUUCGUCCUGCGGCGGGUCCGCCUGCCCACCCUCAAGAGCUGCGCCUCCUUCCUACUGGCCCUGCUGGCUUUUGAUGUCUUCUUUGUCUUUGUCACUCCCCUUCUCACCAGGACCGGCGAGAGCAUCAUGGUGGAGGUAGCCUCGGGCCCAGCGGACUCCUUGAGCCACGAGAGGCUGCCCAUGGUGCUCAAGGUGCCCCGGCUGAGUUUCUCGGCCUUGACCCUGUGUGACCAGCCCUUUUCCAUCCUUGGCUUUGGUGACAUUGUGGUCCCCGGCUUCCUGGUGGCCUACUGUCACCGCUUUGACGUGCAAACCCAUUCAGGGCAGGUCUACUUCAUGGCCUGCACCGCGGCCUAUGCUGUGGGCUUGCUGGUCACCUUUGUUGCCAUGGCCCUCAUGCAGAUGGGCCAGCCUGCCCUGCUCUACCUGGUGUCCAGCACCCUGCUCACCAGCCUGGCUGUGGCUGCCUGCCGCCAAGAGCUCACUCUCUUUUGGACUGGCCAGGGCAGAGCCAAGACCCCUGCCCAGCCUGUACCAGGGCUCUGUGGUGCCCCUUCAGUUGGCUCUGAGAGGAAGCAGGAGGAUGCAGCAGGAGGAUGUGGAGCCAGUGAAUUUGAGGUGGCCACCGACCACCUGGCAGGGGGCCUACACAGCAACCUCAGGGAGGACACGGUUAAGAUCAUCACCAUAUCUGAGGAUGAAGCCACCAGUUCACACAGCCACAGUGACAGCUCCGAGGGCUGGAGCGAUGCCAACCUGGACCCUGAUGAGCUGCCCCGUGUCCCCCCUGGGGCCUCUGAGGACCUGGUACCGCUGAUGCCAAUGGCCAUGCUGAUACCACUGUCACCACGGGUGUCGCUGCCCUCGGACCCGGGCCACAGCCAGGCCCAGGCCCACGAUGCCAGCCUGCCCUGGAUGGGGCUCCACAAGAGGAAGGGCUUGAAGGUAAAGAAAAGCAUAUCAACCCAGGCUCCCUUGUGAACCAGGGCCCCUUGAACAGGUGCCUCUAGACUAAUGCAGAGCAAAGCCACACAUGGCUGCACGAAAUCGGGGCAUUAAAGAUAUUCCGUAUCUACCCAAUGGAGCCUCUUUGUUAAGACAGUAAGAAAGCAGCAACCACAGAAUAAGUCCAUGCAGGGACAGGCCCCAUCCUCACUGGCCCUGCCCCAGCCUCAUUGCCCCUCUUUUCCUCAUGCUGAGAUCCAGCUGAACCCUUUCCAUUCCAUGACCAUGCCAUGUCCUCACCCUCUCUCGCUGCACAUGCUGUUGCCUCGGGCUGAGCUAUCCGUCCCAUCCCAGACAGAAACACCCCAGCCCAGCUCCUGGGCUCACCGAAACAUUCCUAGGCAGCCGUCAAGCAUCAGUUCACAUCCACCCUUCCUGCUAAGCAGCCCUGCUCUAGGCGUCCUGGACAGAAACACCAUGCUCAGUGUGUGCCUGCUUGCAUCCAAAGACAUCAAGUAUGCACCUGCUGUGUACACCACUCUGUGGAGGGCACAGAGGGAGGCUGCUGUCCAGCUGGGGGAAGGGUAGGGGAAGGAGAGCAGACAAGAAACAACUUGAGAAUUGUCUCAAAGUGGGGAUGGAGAGGUUGGGGCUGGAGCAGAAGAAUUCAAGAGAACAUGGCUCGAGUUCCCAGGCUUCCUUCACUGGCUCUGGACCAGUCUCUUAACUGCUUUGUGCCUCAGUAGUCUCCUCUUCAAAAUGAGAAUUUUAAUACCAUGUCCGUCUGGAGGCAGUGGCAUGGACAAGACGACCCUCUGGAGGACCCCCCAGUUUCUUAAGCCUUAUGGUAUGCUUAUAUGUUGCUUAAGCAAAGCAAACAAGCCUGGGGCAGGGGGACAGUCUUUCACCGGAGGCUGUAUGGGAGGCGAGGGAAUCUUACCCCGGGGGCAGUGUGGUACAGGGGUUAGAGUUCUAGACCCAGGAUCCUACCGGAAAUUCCAGCUCCACCAAUGACCUGUAGUUCGUCACUGACGACUUAACCUCUGAAUGCGUUUCCUCACCUGUAGAAUGGGAUACUAAUGGGACCUGCUGGGGGCAUUUGGGGAGGUUUGACAGUGUCGACUUAUGUAAGACAAGAGACACCAGGCGUGUUGGGAAAGCACUAUGAAUUUUAACUCUUUAUAUCACUCCCCUUCGAGAAAGCCUUUCAGAAUCAAAUCCACUUCCUAUGAGCCUUUGAGUUCUGGCCCUGAUGUCGCCUUCUCUCCUCCACGCCCAGCCUUCCUGUCCUGACACCACCAGCAAGCACACACCAGCCCCAUCACACACAUCUUCCCCACGCAGGGCUUCCCCACACGCUGGGUCCCCUACCUGGAGCUUUCCGUCCUCCCACCCCCAGAACUGGGUCUGGCUGGUUUCUUGUUUUUCCAGCCCCAGUUCAAACGCCUCCUCCUCAGGGAAGCCUUCCCUGAUGACCUUUCCUAAAGCAGCCCCCAGCCUCAGAUGUGUCACCCUACACCCUGUUCAUUAGUUUUUUUGUCUCCAACAGUCACAUUGGUUUAUGAAGGCAGGGACCACUUUGUCUUGUUCAUCUGGGGAGAAGAGGCCAGGUACAUAGCAGAGUCUUGAUUUAUACUGGUUGGAGGAAUGAAUGAAUGAAUGAAUCCAGCCUGAAUUGCACAGGAAAAGGGGACACCAGGAGGGAAGACCCCACUGCCCAGGCCACCUCCCUUGGGUCCUGCAGGGCCUUGGUCAGUGUAGAGAUGAGACUCUGAAGGAUCUGGCUGGGCCCUGGGCAGAGGGGUGGGGUGGGGGUGGGGAAGGGAGCCAGUCAGAUGGGGUUGCAAUGCAGGUAAGGGCAUCUCAAAGAAAGCCCCAUUCAGUGAGGACAAAGUGCAGCCCCCACGGCACACAGCCCCUCAGGGCCCAGGCUGGACUCAGCAGUAAGGAACCCGGGCCAGGACACUGACUGGAGGUGUUGGCAGCCCCUCCCACUGGAGCCAGCAACCAUCUGGCCCGGACAGAGGGGCCUCCGCAGGCUCUGGCUCAUCCCCAACCAGGGCGGCCUCCCCACUGCUGACCUGCGUCACUGGGCCUGCCAAGGGUGGGCCACCUCCUCCGCCAGGCCCGAGGGGGAGGGCUGGACAGGGCUGAGGCCUCGAGGUCCCCUCAUCACCUAGGUGGAGGGACAAGGGAACUCCUCUCUCCCAGGACGGUGCUGUCAGGGGGGGCUCUGAGGACCCGGGAACAGAGUUCCUGCUCGGGCCUGACGCCUGCCUCCGAGGAGAGGAUUCGCAAGGGGAAGUCUGAGGAGGGAAGCCCCCAUCCCCAGCCCCCAGCCACGUCCAGACAGAUGCAGGGAGAAAUGAGGCCGACUCUGUCCUCACUGUUCCACCCAACAGAAGCGACCAUUCAGAGAACGUCUUAUCGGAG